AUGCCGUCGCGCCCGCGCCGCGCACGCCGCGCGCGGCGAUGGUGCGUCGUCGCGCUCGCCGCGGCGUGCGCGUGCGCGCUCGUCGUCGCGCGCGCGCGCGUUGUCGACGCGAGCGCGUCGUCGAACGUCGAGCGCGCGCGCGCGCGCCUGCGCGAGGCGCGCGAGGCGGCGGCGGCGCGCGGGGACGUCGAGGCGGCGCGCGAAGGCGACGAUGACGGCGAGGAGGACGACGAGGAAGAACCGGGAUUUCGCUCGGACGACGACGGCGAGGACGAGGACGAAGGCGGAUUCGUCGGGACGUACGACGCGUGCGAUACGUGCGAGGCGUGCGCGCUCGGCGACGCGCCAGACGGCGUGGCGUUGAACGCGCCGACGAAGAAGACGAAGCGGAAAGUGCACUGUAAGACGUGUUACGGAUGUAACGUGUUGAUCGGGCGCAUGGAACAACGGGCGACGUUUAGGGAUGACGCGGUCGACGUACCGCACGGCGCGAGCGGCGCGCCGGUGUGGAAAGGGAAAAUCAUGGAUGGCGAUUUCUUCAGCGGCGGCGGCGACGGCGAGAACGGUGAGGUGCUCGAUGUGUUCGUCAAGGCGUGGUGUGGGGUGAGAGGCGAUUACAAGCGACUCAUAUGGACGAAAGAUACGGUGAGCGAAACGUGCAGCGACAGGGUGACGAGUCAUCCGACGUUUACGAAGGGGCCGUUUUGUUCAGCGGAGCGCGGCAUGGCUAAGAGGACGUUUUGUAACGGAGCGUUUCUGGGCGCCCUGGAUAAGAUAUCACACGAAGCGGGGUUGAGCGAUGUGAUUCCACGCGCUAAGUAUAUGCGGGCCAAAACUUUCGCACCCUGGGAUGAGGGGAAGGAGACGUCGUCGGGUGUGAAGCAAGACAUGGACGUCAUGGUCUUUGGCGCGGCGCCAGGCGUCGGAUUUGAAUCUCUUGGUCCAAGGAUAACGCCAACGCUGUUGGAGUUACUUCGCAAAAUAGACCCAGAUAGGAUACUCAAAUUGGCACUUUUUGAUUUGCUGACCUCACAAGGCGAUAGGCACGGUCAGAACAUAUUCAUCACGGAGGAUGGUCUAAUUCACGGCAUCGAUAACGAGAGCUCGAUGCGUAACCAAUUGAAUUCGAUGCUUAUUCCUGGAGGCCAAAAGUUCGAAACCUACCGGGUUGGCUUCAUACAUACGGUCUGUUCGUUGCGGAACAACUGUGAUACCGCGCGGCCCUCCCCUUCAACUCUCGGUGCGAUGCUCGAUUAUCGAUGCUACGUCGACGGAGGGUCGAUCGGUAAAAAGUAUCCAAAGCAGUUUGAAGAAUUCUUGCGAAAAGUGGACGCAAUGGAAGAAGAAGAAGUGUACGAGUACUUUGGUAUGGCUACUCCCGAGUUUGCCACGAAAUUCAAGGCGCGCGUGCACGACUUGUUGGACCUCGGAUUCGAGCGCACGGCGAAAAAAUUGUACGCCGGCAUGCUCCCAGGCGAUGGACGUUUUGGAAACUUUCAAUACGUCAUUCAACCCCCGUGCUGCGGUCCGUCGAUGUGUAAGCUGGACAUCAUCGGUUUCUCUCAGGAAGAAUCACAGUCGUGCAUUCACUCGUGCGACGUACCAAUCGAUCCAGAUUUUGUCGGAGCGAACACCCCCAACGCUUCGAACGCGUCCGCAGCGGCGAACGUCGGCGGCAUAGAUCCCACCCCGAGCGCCGAGCUCACGUCUUCACCACCACCAUCGCUGUCGACCGCGUCCCGCGACGACGCCAUCGCUGCGCUCAAAUCCAAAAUCGACGACCUCACGAAGACGCUCGAAAAGCUUCGACAAGUCGACGACACGAUCGAAAAAUCGUAG